AUGUGGCGCCAGAUCCUUCAGCGUAUGGGUAUCGUUCCCCAUCCCAAACUGGUAAGGCGCCUUAAACCUGACAAACCCGUCCAUGGUUUAUUUUGUUGCCCUGGGCGUUAUGGAAUAGAGGCGGGUGAAGUGCUUUGCAGCGUCCCGUGCUGUUUGUGUGUGGCGCCCAACAUUUCCAACCACAUCCACUACGGCCCCGCUCUCAUGAGAGCUGUUUCAUCUCAUAGCACAACUGAGGGCAUGGUUAGGGUAGAGUAUUCGAGGGAAAGUGCGUUAACCACAGUUCUCUGUGCAAUCCACAUGUCGCAUGGUCCUAGUGAUUUAAGGGAGUAUUUGGAGUGGAUUGUUGUGGAGAGGCCGGAUGAUAUUAGUAUGAACCACGCCCUCGGAACCGAAUUGUAUGGACACCUGCGAACGAUUGAAAGAAUAAAUGCAGAAAUUAUCACGCAGCUUUGUGUCGAUGCCCGGAGCGUUGGGGUACCCAUUAGUAUUGAAACAAUGAAGCGAGCCCAUGCAAUUUGCAGCAGUCGAUGCGUGGACGUCCCCACACAUGCUGAUAUAUUUGGUGGGCCCGCACUGGUUCCCUUCGUCGAUCUCAUCAACCACUCUAGCGAAGAUCCAAACAUCACCGUGGCCGUAGAAAGUUUUCCGUUCCUUCACUGUGAACAAAACCAGAUGCUGUUGGAGCACUUUUACGUUACUGUGCGUGCGGAAGGUGGCAUCCACCCCGAAGAAGAGUUACACUAUCAGUAUCUCGAGCCAACGGACAGGCAAUCAACCAACCCAUUAUAUUGGGCUUCUCGCUUCCAUAUGUUCGAUUAA